GCUCUAAUGGUUAAGUUUACGCGAGCAUUGACCUUUUAUAUGUUAAACUGCAUACCCAAAAUAUUGCUUUAAAUUAGGAAAUUGUUUAUCCAAUCAUUACGAUGGCAUACAUUUCAAAUUGUGUGAUGGAAGUUAUUUCACAGGAUUAACACAGUUUUUAUUACUACAUCGUUUGUACAGGCGUUCCACAAUGGCGGACAGGUACUCCGUGAACUCGACCGGAUCAGAGACCGGGCCUGUGAGCAAGAUCAGUGGGACGCUGGACGAACGCCCCGGCGGUCCCCAUGCCAACCUGGCCUUCGAGGCCGCUGCAUCCAGGACGACAUUAGAUACUCAGCAGACGACGGGCAGUCGACAGGAACUGUAUGGAGUGGACGAAAACGAGGAACGCGGAAACUGGACCGGUCGCUUCGACUUCCUGUUGUCCAUGCUUGGUUACGCCGUCGGACUCGGCAACGUCUGGCGUUUUCCGUACCUGUGUUACAGAAAUGGUGGCGGUGCAUUUCUGAUACCGUUCGCCAUUAUGAUGUGCAUUGUGGGAGUUCCGCUGUUUUUCUUGGAAUCCUGCAUUGGCCAGUUCUCAAGCAGAGGGCCGAUGACUUGUUGGGGAUUCGCUCCUCUUUUGAAAGGUGUUGGUAUUUCUAUGGUGCUGGUUUCCGCGAUGACGGCCCUCUACUACAACAUGGUACUCGCCUGGGCGUUCUACUACAUGUUUGCCUCGUUCACCAGCAAGCUGCCCUGGUCUGAGUGCGAUAAGAAACUCAUGAAGGCAAACGAAUGGUGUUCUGGCAUUGUGGCAAGCGUUGCGUGCAACGAUAGCGUCACAGUCAAGGCGCCAAACGGCACGUGCUGGGAUUCCAAGGGGGGCCUACUCGGCGUCUACGAUGACACGCUGCUGAAGACAAUCGCAGGAAUAUACAGACGAUCGCCGGCAGAAAUAUAUUGGAACAAUGUAGCUCUAGACCUCAGCCCCGGUAUCGGCACAUUCGGUCAGCCCAAGUGGUACCUGGCGCUGUGUCUGCUGGUCGCAUGGAUCGUCGUGUUCCUCUGUCUCAUCAAGGGAAUUAAAUCAACCGGCAAGGUUGUUUACUUUACGGCCCUGUUCCCCUACGUGGUGCUGACAAUUCUGUUCUUUCGAGGGGUGACCCUGGAGAACGCAGGAGAGGGUGUCAAGUUUUUUAUAGUCCCAGUCUGGUCAAGGCUGCUGGAUGCUCGAGUCUGGAAGGACGCCGCCGUGCAGGUUUUUUUCUCACUCUCUGUCGCCGGUGGUGGCCUGGUGACGCUGUCCAGCUACAACCGUUUCCAUAACAACAUACUCAAGGACUGCGUUAUUGUCGUUGUGGGUGACUUCUUUACGAGCAUCUUCGCCGGAUUUGUGAUUUUUUCCUAUAUCGGCUUCAUGGCGGGAAAGCAGGGCACCACCGUCGACAAGGUCGCACAAGAAGGUAAGCAGGGCACCACCGUCGACAAGGUCGCACAAGAAGGCGCCGGUCUGGCGUUUGUCGUGUACCCGGAUGCGGUCACCAACCUGCCGGCGCCCCCGUUCUGGUCCAUCCUGUUCUUCUUUAUGCUGAUCACGCUCGGCCUGGACAGUCAGUUCGCGAUGGUUGAGACGGUAUUGACAGGCUGCCUAGAUCAAUUUCCGGUUCUGCGGCCCAAGAAGACGCUGGUCAUCUUGGUCGUCUGCUUCGUCUUCUUCCUCUUCGGUCUGCCACUCACGUGUCCUGGUGGUGUAUAUUUGUUGCAAAUAAUGGACAACUUCGUUGGAGGAUGGACGUUGCUUAUAAUUGGAUUGGCAGAGAAUAUUGCUGUCGCGUAUUUCUAUGGCGUUCCAAGAUUCUGCAAGGACUUGGAAGUCAUGCUAGGAUACAAACAGAACAUCAUAUGGAAGAUUUUUUGGUAUGCAGUAAGCCCCAUAGCUGUAAUGUUCAUCUUCGUGUUCACCUUCGUUGACUACCAAGCCUCCACGUACGGGGACUACCGGUUUCCGGGCUGGGCGGACGCCAUCGGGUGGCUCAUGGCUGUGUUCGUCAUAAGUCCCAUCUUCAUUACAAUCUUCUAUAAAAUAUGGAAAGAGGACGACGAAGACUCAUUUAUAAAGAAAGUGAAGACGCUGAUGAUGCCUACGCGGGAGUGGGGCCCGUAUCUCGUGAAGCACCGGAAGUUGAUAGAGGACGAGGGGUACGUGGCGGGCUUCGUCGUGGACCCCUACGCCGAGAAAGAAGCGAACGAGGGGUCCUCCCAAAGACAUUUCACACUGUCCAGCCUAUCGAUCAACUCGACUAUAUCCCGCGGUACCAGCAAAGGCUCAUUGUCUUCCAUAGCCCGUCCUAACCGGAACGGCACCGGCAAAUACGGCAAUGGUUCAGUUGCAUCUCAACCGUCUAUUAAGUCUAUAGAAUCUAAUGUUUAGGUGUUCAUGUUAUUAUUCAUUAUACAUAUGUUCUUAUUUAUCAUACAUCAAACGUGAUCAUGACCGCUUUAUCAUGAACGACACGACUCUUAUUUAUCCUUAUGUUAGUCCUGACCUUUUUAUGAACUUUUGUAAAUACAUGAAAAUACACGUAUUAUGUAUUUUUUAACAUUCCUUUGUACAUAACAUAUUUUUUUAUACGUGCAAUUCCUUUGUAACCCAUGUUAACAUACAUAGAUCAAGAUCAAAUAGAGCCAUUCCCAUCCGACUUAUAACUGUACAUAUUGAGACGUGUAUACAAGUGUUUCUGUUUACGAAAAUAGCUAUGUUCUUAUUUCCGAUUUCGAAUAUAUGAAAUAUUCUAGAAGUAUUCAUUUUGUCUUUACCAUGCACAGGAAUGAUACCAUUAUAAUAAAUGAUGAUGGAUAUUUUUUUACAUGUAGUUCUUUCUGUCAAACCAGGUCAAACACUACUUUCAGUAUUAUUGCUUUAUACAUUUAUAAGUACCGGUAUAUCUCACACCAUAUCUAACUGGAAUGUUUUAACCGUGUGCCAUAGAGCACGGGUUUCCGACUGGACUCUGGCUCAAUGAGCCUUCUGGAUAAGUGUAUUGCAUGUUAGGUGAUAACAGGGUAGUUCUCUCUGUAAAACCCGGUCAAACAAGCUAACAAGACUUGCAUUUCUAAUGUUUUACAUGUAAGCAUAAAAUAUGUAUCAUUAACAGUGCACCAUAAGCGAACGUGCGAAAAUAUAUCUUACACAAAUCUUUGUUAUGAUUGUGUUUGAUUGUGGAGGAAAUUAUGAAUAUUUUUAUAUUAAAUUUUGAAACUUGU